AUGCGAACCCACAAGAUGACCACACGGUCAUUGAGCACUGCCCAAGAGCAGCAGCCCCGUUCCCGCAGAGCAAAAUCCCAACGACUCAAUCAGCACUUCCGGAAGAAAUUCCGCCAGUUCUCCAGGUUUCCGUCCGAGAUACGCCUCAUGGUAUGGGAAGAAUUCCUGAACGACUACGAAGACAACCCACCGGUCGCUUGGACACUGAUCUGGGACAUGGACGACCCCAACAACCAUCCUGAUCCCACCAACAUUCGCUUGCGUCCGUACAUCUUCAUCGAGAAACACUGCCAAAACGACCGCCUGGUAGAGUACAACUCGAACCCGCUCCUCAAGGUCAACCACGAAGCACGUGCUGCGGCCCUCCACAACCAGCGUUAUGUCAGUAUCCGCGUCUGGCACCUCGACAUCAACAUCAUUGUGCGUCCAGCUAUGGAUUACUUUUACGUCGAUUCGAUCACAUGUCGCAACAUGUUCACACACGCUCUUCGAAAAUUCACGGCGGAAUAUGGGAACCCAACUACCUUUACCCUCGCAGAGGAUAUGAGCUUCGUAAAACAUGCGUUUGUUCGAAGUCUCUGCUUUAGCAAGACCAAUCAGUAUAAGAAGCACUUUGAUAUUCUCAAAAAUGCUCCCGCAGCAGUAUGCACAUGGUGUGCUCUCGACAAAGUCUUCAACAGCUGUCUCGGCACCACAGAGACCAUCGUCGCUGUUUACUACGAGUAUGAGGAUCCUUUUGAUGAGAUUGAUUGGGAGGAGAAACUUGACUUUGACUCGCAGUUAUUUUCUGGCAGUCGUCUGUGGCCAGUCUGGGCCCAAUACAGCUAUCUUUGCGGCGACUAUAUUCGUUUGCCAUUCUGCACCCAUACAAUUUGGAUGGAGCUUACUGGACCAGAUGCUGAUCAAGCGCUUGCAUGUCUUCCAUACUCUGGGUACUGGUUUCAUAUCUGCGACUUGCCGAUUCCGGAUGACCCCGAUCCUGACCUGAUGUACGAGAGAGUGCGUCAGUCUCUUCGACCCGCUCAGACUCGCAAAGUUAGGCCUCGUCGGCCAGUGCGGGUUCUACCGCAUGGAAGGUUGCUUCCUUUGGAAGCCCCAGGCCUUGCUUUCAGGCACCAACGGCCCUGUGAGACGAUUGAGCUUCGAACUACAUGUGUCGCAGAGUGCGAGGACGGUGUACACGAGUAUCGGGUCGAAAAGGAGGAUUCCUGCUCGGGUGGUGGUGGCCUUGAGGCUGGUGAUGGCAAAGAAGGUAGUGAUGCUUGGCUGAACUGGACAUUUGGACUCCACUAUGGCGAAACAAGCGACGAAAGCGACGAAAGCGACGAUAUCGAUGAUGAUGAUGAUCAUGCCGAGUCAAGCGAGGAGGAUGAUGAUCACUCUGCGGAACCGCUCGACGAGAACAAUACCUCUGGUCAACUCUCGCAUUGA